AGCACCGCACCACCACCUCCAAGCCACCUUUUCUCACCGCCACGAAGCCUUCCCACACCGCAGCCCCAUCACCCCACAUCGCCCCCCGCCUCUCUCUCUCUCUCUCUCUCUCUCUCUCUCUCUCUAUUCCCUUCCUCUUUCUCCUACCUUUUCAUCUCUCUCUCUCUCUCUCUCUCUCUCUCUCGAAUCGCUCGAUCAAUCUCAAUCCCUCCUUCCCCUUGUCGUCUUUCCAAUCCCUUCUUCGCAGGCGAUCGAUAAAUCGCAGAGGCAUCUUGAAGUCGUGUAGAUCUCCGCCGGAUUCAAUCGAUUAUAUCCAACCUUGAUUCUAUAAUACCCUAACCCUUCGAUCUUUGAUGUUCCCGCCGGAACCCUGAUCGCCGCCGCCGCCUCGGCCAAGGGCGAGGGAGGUGUCCCUUCUUGUAUGGAAACACGCAGCCGGAAGCGGGCGGAGGCCUCCUCGUCGGCGCCCUCUUCUCAGCCCCCCGCGGCCCGUCGCCCGUCCAAGCGCUCCCGCACCAACCCGCCGCCUCCCUCGACCAUCUUGACCCGCUCUCGUCGCUCCCGAAACUCCUCGCCGCCGCUUCUUCCUCCGCCACCCUCCGGCCCUAUGGAUUCCUCUGCCGGCGACUCCUCUGGCCGUCGCCGUGGCUCUGGCAAAAACCACCACCCUCCUGCGGAGCGUGAUAGGGAUAGGGAUGCCUCGGAUAAGGGGAAGGAGAGGGAGCCGGAAGCUUCCCGGUCCAGGGACAGGGACAGGGCCAGGGAUCGGGAUGCAGGGAGGAUCUUGGGAUUGAACUUUGAUGGUGGGGGAGCUGACGAUGAUAAUGAUAGCGAGGGCGGCGCUAGUGCUCUCCACCAGAAUCUCACUUCGACUAGCAGUGCACUUCAAGGGCUUCUCAGGAAAUUAGGCGCAGGGCUCGAUGAUCUGCUGCCAUCGUCGGCCUUGUUGGCCUCCUCUUCUUCUCAGCAGAGCUCACGGCUGAAGAAGAUUUUGACGGGGCUGAGGGCUGAUGGAGAGGAAGGGCGGCAGGUGGAGGCCCUGACCCAGCUUUGUGAGAUGCUGUCAAUUGGGACUGAGGAUUCGCUUGGUUCAUUCUCGGUGGACUCCUUCGUGCCCGUGCUCGUGGGUCUACUCAACCAUGAGAGCAACCCUGACAUUAUGCUGCUUGCUGCAAGGGCUCUCACCCACCUCUGUGACGUCUUGCCAUCAUCAUGCUCUGCUGUGGUGCAUUAUGGUGCUGUGCCAUGUUUUUGUGCCCGUCUCCUCACAAUUGAGUACAUGGACUUAGCAGAACAGUCUCUGCAAGCACUGAAGAAGAUAUCACAAGAACACCCGACUGCAUGUUUGCGUGCCGGCGCACUUAUGGCAGUUCUGUCUUACCUUGAUUUCUUCUCCACAGGAGUUCAGAGAGUAGCAUUAUCGACUGCAGCAAAUAUGUGCAAGAAACUUCCAUCAGAUGCAGCUGACUUUGCGAUGGAAGCAGUUCCACUGCUGAUCAAUCUUCUUAAUUAUCAUGAUUCAAAGGUGCUGGAACAUGCUUCUGUCUGCUUGACACGAAUUGCAGAAGCAUUUGCCUCAUCUCCUGAGAAACUGGAUGAGUUAUGUAAACAUGGAUUAGUUGCACAAGCUGCUGGGCUAAUAUCUCUUAGUAAUUCAGGAGGACAAGCCUCUCUAAGUACAUCGACAUACACGGGUUUAAUCCGACUCUUGUCAACAUGUGCAAGUGGAUCCCCACUAGCAGCUAAAACUCUUCUACUUUUAGGAAUCAGUGGCACUCUUAAAGACAUUCUCUCUGGUUCUGGGCUUGUUGCUGGUGCUUCUGUUUCACCUGCCUUGACAAGGCCACCUGAGCAGGUUUAUGAGAUUGUGAACCUUGUGGAUGAGCUUCUUCCUCCCUUGCCUCAAGGAACUAUUUCUACACCAAUAUUCUACAAUAUUACUGUGAAAGGAUCAUCUAUAAAGAAAUCCACAGGCAUCACUCCUGGUAAACCAGUUGAGCCUGGUUUAGCAACAAAUGAUGUUUCAGCCCGUGAAAAGUUACUGCAAGAACAACCUGAACUUCUGCAACAGUUUGGAACAGACUUGCUCCCUGUUCUAACACAGGUGUAUGCUUCUAGUGUAAAUGGUUCAGUCCGCCACAAGUGUUUGGCUAUUAUCGGAAAGUUGAUGUAUUUCAGCUCAGCUGAUAUGAUUCAAUCUUUACUUAGUGCCACAAACAUAUCCAGCUUCUUAUCAGGCAUUUUGGCAUGGAAAGAUCCACAAGUCUUGAUACCUGCUCUUCAGAUAGCAGAGGUUCUGAUGGAAAAGCUUCCAGGUACAUUUUCCAAGAUAUUUGUGAGAGAAGGGGUUGUCCAUGCAGUGGAUGCUUUGAUAUGCCCAGAUACCUCAAGUUCCAUUCCUUCUCAAACAUCCAUCUCUGAGAAGGAUGGUGAUUCUGCACCUGUAAUUUCUUCACGUUCUCGGCGUUAUCGGCGACGUAGUGGUGGCUUGAAUACAGAAACUGGGUCAGUGGAUGAAUCAAAGCGUUCACGAUCAGUUGUCGGCUCACCUCCUAAUUUAUUUGAAAUCCCACCUCCAAGUUCUAGUCUUCGUGCUUCUGUCAGUGCUUGUGCCAAGUCUUUCAAAGAUAAAUUUUUUCCUGCAUAUCCUGGUGCAACUGAAGUUGGAGUUACAGAUGAUCUUCUUCGUUUGAAAAAUCUUUGCACAAAAUUAAAUUCCAGUGUUGAGACUGUAAGGACAAAAGGCAAAGGCAAAUCUAAAGCCUCCUUAGUUUCUUCCUUUGAUAUAUCAUCUAGCAUCGAGGAAGAAUUAGAUGGAGCAAUAUCAGAGAUGUUGGCUGAACUUAGCAAAGGCGACGUGUCCACUUUUGAGUUUAUUGGAAGUGGAGUCGUUCUGGCACUUCUUAGUUAUUUGUCUUGUGGAACAUUUGGAAAGGAGAAAAUUUCUGAAGCUAACUUGCCAAAGCUUCGAAAACAAGCACUGAGGAGGUACAGGUCAUUUAUCGCAACUGCUCUUCCAGAUGAACCAAAGGGAGGACACACAACUCCCAUGACUGUGUUGGUUCAAAAGCUUCAAAAUGCUUUAACUUCGUUGGAACGUUUUCCAGUUGUCCUUAGCCAUUUGUCUAGAUCUACCAGUGGAAGUGCACGUCUGUCAUCAGGUCUAAGUGCCUUGUCUCAGCAUUUUAAGUUGCGUUUAUGUCGAGCACCGGGUGAGAAAUCUCUUCGUGAUUACUCAUCAAAUAUUGUACUUAUCGAACCACUGGCAAGUCUAGCAGUUGUCGAAGAGUUCCUUUGGCCAAGGGUUAAGCGGAUUGACUCUGGACAAAAGUCUUCUGCAUCAGCAGGAAAUUCUGAUUCUGGAUCUGUAGCUACUGGAGCUGGUACCCAAUUAUCGUCAGCAUCAACUGCUUCUGGCCAUCGCCCUUCAACUAGAUCUAGGUCAUCAGUAGCAAUUGGAGGUCCAGCUAGAAAUGAUGCUGCUGAGGGAAGUUCGAAUUCUUCUAAAGGGAAGGGUAAGGCAGUCUUGAAAUCUACAUCUGAGGAAGCCAGAGGACCUCAAACAAGAAAAGCUACUCGUAGAAGAGUUGCUUCAGAUAAAGAUGCAGAAAUGAAACCUGCACUUAGUGACUCUGGAUCUGAGGAUGAGAUGGACAUGUCUCCUGUUGAGAUUGAUGCUCUUAUGAUUGAGGAGGAUGUCUCAGAUGAUGAAGACGAUGAUCAUGAGGAGGUGGAGCUCAAAGAUGAGACUCUUCCUGUUUGUGUACCAGAGAAGGUACACGAUGUCAAAUUAGAUCCUGCUGAUGAUGCGGCUGUUGAUCCUUCUGCAAGUGGUAGUCAGGCACAACCUUCAUCAGGUUCUAGUGAUAGGGCUAUCUCUACAAGAGACUCAGAGUCCACUGAACUACGAAGUGGAAAUGCUUUUGGUUCAAGGGGAAUGUCAUUUGCUGCUGCUGCUAUGGCUGGGCUUGCUUCUUUAAGCAGCAGAGGUAUCAGAGGUGGUCGAGGCACUGGUGCUAGUGAUAACUGCAACAAAUUGAUAUUCACAGCAGGAGGGAAGCAGCUUAGCAAGCAUUGGACCAUUUAUCAAGCUUUCCAACGUCAACUUGUUCUUGAUGAAGAGGAUGAUGAAAGAUUUAAUGGAUCUGAUCUACCCAGUGAUGGCAGUAGAUUCUGCAAUGAUGUAUUUACCAUCACAUACCAAAAGGCUGAUGGCCAGGCUGACAGGACUUCUCAAGGAGGCUCCACUUCUUCAAUGUCAAAGACUCCGAAAUCUGCUUCUGCUUCCAAUUCUAGCUGUGAAAAUAGGUGGCAAAAGAAGUCACUACUGGAUAGCAUUUUGCAAGCUGAUCUUCCUUGUGAUCUUGAAAAAACUAAUCCUACGUAUAAUAUAUUGGCAUUAUUGCGUGUUUUAGAGUGUCUGAAUCAGCUGACUCCUCGCCUGAGAGUGCAAGCAGUAAGUGAUGAUUUUGCCGAGGGUAAGAUUACUGGUGUGGAUGGGCUAUAUAGGACUGGUAUAAGUGUCCCUCCAAAAGAGUUUGUUAAUACCAAGUUAACGCCGAAACUUUCCCGCCAAAUUCAGGAUGCUCUGGCAUUAUGUAGUGGUAGUGUUCCUCCAUGGUGUUACCAAAUGACAAAAGCAUGCCCUUUUCUCUUUCCCUUUGAGAUCAGAAGACAGUAUUUCUAUUCUACAGCUUUUGGACUAUCUCGUGCAUUGCAUCGACUUCAGCAACAACAAAAUGCUGAUAAUCCUAAUUCAGCAAAUGAAAGAGAGGUCCGCAUUGGUCGACUGCAAAGACAAAAGGUUCGUGUUUCUAGAAAUAGAAUCUUGGACUCUGCAGUAAAAGUUAUGGAGAUGUAUUCUAGUCAGAAGGCUGUCCUUGAAGUAGAAUAUUUUGGUGAAGUUGGAACAGGGUUGGGUCCAACCUUAGAAUUUUAUACUUUGUUGAGUCACGAUUUGCAAAAGGUUGAAUUGGGGUUAUGGAGAUCCAACUAUGGAUCAGAUAAUAAUGUGAUGCAAAUUGGAGGUGAAAUGGAAGAUGGAAAGACUGAUGAUGGUUCAGUAAUGAAGAUACAUAAUGACAACUUUUCUGUUCAAAGAAGAGAUAUUAUACAAGCUCCUCUUGGUUUGUUUCCUCGUCCUUGGUCGCCUAAUGUAGGUGCUUCUGAUGGUAGCCAGUUUUCAAAGGUUUUAGAGUAUUUUCGUCUGGUUGGUCAAACAAUGGCAAAAGCUCUACAAGAUGGGAGGCUUUUGGAUCUGCCACUUUCUACAGCAUUUUACAAACUUGUAUUGGGUCAAGAGCUUGAUUUGUAUGACAUCUUGUCAUUUGAUGCUGAAUUUGGAAAGACAUUACAAGAAAUGCAAGUUCUUGUUCAUUGCAAACAGUUUAUGGAUGCAACUGCUGGUGACAGUCGAAAGACAACUGCUGAUUUACAAUUCCAUGGUGCUCCAAUUGAAGACUUAUGUUUAGAUUUUACUCUUCCUGGCUAUCCUGAUUACAUACUUAAAGGAGAGGAAAGCACUGUGGUUAAUAUCAACAAUUUGGAGGAGUACAUUUCCUUGGUUGUUGAUGCUAUUACUAAUACAGGAAUUACGAGGCAGAUGGAUGCAUUUAGAGCAGGAUUCAAUCAGGUCUUUGACAUAUCGUCUUUGCAAAUAUUUUGUCCACAUGAACUUGACUACCUAAUUUGUGGUCGCAGAGAAUUGUGGAAGCCUGAGACGCUGGUUGAUCAUAUAAAAUUUGAUCAUGGAUACACAGCUAAAAGCCCUGCGAUCGUCAAUCUGCUUGAGAUAAUGGGGGAAUUUACACCAGAGCAGCAGCACGCAUUUUGCCAGUUUGUGACUGGUGCUCCAAGGCUUCCACCUGGUGGCCUGGCUGCACUAAAUCCAAAGUUGACUAUAGUGAAAAAGCAUUCUUCAAAUUUAUCCAAUAGAACAACAAAUGGAACUGGGGCAACUGAGUCAGCUGAUGGUGACUUACCCAGUGUUAUGACCUGUGCUAACUACCUGAAACUUCCCCCAUACUCAACCAAGGGAAUAAUGUACAAGAAGCUUCUUUAUGCUAUCAGUGAAGGCCAGGGAUCAUUUGAUCUGUCAUAAACGUGAGACUCAUCAAUCAGCACAGGUACUGUCUUGUGCCCAUUCUUCUCAGCAUCAUCUGUUUCUCAACCAAAGGGAGACUAGUAACAAUGAGGUCAGUUGCUACCUUUGAUCGGUCACACCAGAUCUGUUGUUGUUAUGGAAUUAUCAUGAUGCUCGGCAUGUAUAUUCUAAUUAUUCUUGUAUUAUUAUGCCCAACAAAUUUUCCCUUUAUAUCUGGUCGAUAUACUUUUUUGUGCUUUAAUAAUAUUAGUUUCUCACUCAGGUGAUUCUGAUUGUCCAGUACAACAUUUGGAGUUUGAUAGGGAAAUAGAGCCCUGUGUUCCGAUUGAUGUAAAUAAAACAUGAUCGAUUACCUGUUAAAGCAACUUGAUAGCCUGUGUUAAUGACCAGAGGGAAAGGAAUUGAUGCAUUGAA